AUGAAGACUUUUACUCUGGCUGGCCUGUUGGCCUCUCCUCUCGCAGCCAUGGCAGCACCUGCCUGGAUCAUGCACGCGUUCAACGAGAGCGUGCCUGAGAUUCACGGCAAGCCCAUCAAUGCCGACAGUGGCUACUUCUGGAUCAACAAGGACGCGGCAGCCGUCUGCCCCGACUACGAUCCCGAGUGCCCCGCCUCGAACACAACAAUCAUCUCCGGUCCCGUCUACGGCCACUGGUACAUGGGCAUCCUUCAGCAAGGCGGUCAGGAGGUGGCCACUGCAGGCCUCGGCAGCGGGUCCGGUGGUCUGCCACUCAAAUACACCGCCGUGGGUGCCGCGGACAGAGGCGUUGGCGUUUGGGACCUUGCUCGCAACUCGCCUGACGGCUUCCACGUCGACAACAGCACCGUCAGCGACCUCGGUGCUCCUGCUCUCCGCCUGAAUGGGGGUGCCAACAACAAGCCCUUCACAUGGAUGGCCUGCCCGUACCCCAACCCCCCUGCAUCCCUUCAGGAGGUCGACCUCACCAAGCCGAUGUUGAUUCGCGACAUUGCCACCGAGAGCGUAGACCAAUAUCCCUACUGCGUCCGCCUCGAGAUCACUCUCAAGCUCACCACUUUGGCUGCACCUCAAUUCUAUUACUGCAAGGGCUGCCAGUGGAGAUGCGAUAACAUCUACGGCCAGACCCCCUGCGACUACAACGGGAAGCCCGCUUGCGUCGAGCCCUUCUGCGGUGCCUACACUCAGGAAACCAAGGCUGACAAGGUGCAGUGA